CUGAUAAAGUAAAGCGGCAGACGCUUGAAGUGUACGAGGAGCAAAGCAGCCGUAAAUUAAUCGCAGUUAUCAACACAAGAAUUAUCUCCUUUUUGGGGAGAUAAAUAGUAUGUUCGAUAUAGUUUGAACAGGAUUAAUAGCUGUAUAUUUAGCCGCUUAAACGUCGAUCUACCUUAGUUUUUCAUUUCAUCGCGUGUGUGGAUUUAAAAGGGGACGUUUUUGGUCUGGUGAAUGCGGUGAAUCAUUUCUGUUGUCCUUCGACGUCCAACGCACAUCCCCGCUAAAACCAUGCCAUUCCCGUUUGGGAAGUCUCAGAAGAGCCCUGCAGAGAUUGUGAAGAAUCUGAAGGAGAAUGUGGCAUACUUAGAGAAGCUGGAAUCAUCUGAAAGCAAGAAAUGUGAAAAGGUUGCAGAGGAAGUAUCAAAAAAUCUUGCAUCGUUGAAAGAGGUGCUGUGUGGCACUGGAGACAAGGAGCCUCAGACUGAAGCAGUGGCCCAACUGGCUCAAGAGCUCUACAACACCAACCUCCUCAUUUCCCUCAUAGCAAACCUACAGAGGAUUGACUUCGAGGGAAAGAAGGAUGUGGUGCAUCUGUUUAGCAACAUAGUGCGUCGUCAGAUUGGCGCUCGCACCCCGACUGUGGAGUACAUCUCUUCCCACUCACAGAUCCUCUUUAUGCUGCUGAAAGGCUAUGAAACCCCAGAAGUGGCCCUUAACUGUGGCAUGAUGUUGAGGGAGUGUCUGCGUCAUGAACCUCUGGCCCGAAUCGUUCUGUUCCACGAGGAUUUCUACUGCUUCUUUCGAUAUGUGGAGCUAUCUACUUUUGACAUUGCAUCUGAUGCUUUUGCCUCUUUUAAGGAUCUGCUGACAAGACACAAGAUCAUGUGUGCGGAUUUCUUGGAGACAAAUUACGACAGAGUGUUCACAGAGUAUGAAAAGCUGCUGCAUUCUGAUAACUACGUCACCAAGCGCCAGUCUCUGAAGCUCUUAGGAGAACUCUUACUGGAUAGACACAACUUCACAGUCAUGACUAAAUAUAUCAGUCGAGCUGAGAACCUGAAGCUGAUGAUGAACAUGCUGAAAGACAACAGCCGCAACAUUCAAUUCGAAGCCUUCCAUGUCUUCAAGGUGUUCGUGGCUAACCCCAAUAAGACGCAGCCUGUGCUGGACAUCCUCCUGAAGAAUCAGUCCAAGCUGGUGGACUUCCUGAGCCACUUUCAAACGGAACGUUCUGAAGACGAGCAGUUCUGCGAUGAGAAGAACUAUCUCAUUAAGCAGAUCCGGGACCUCAAACGGCCUGCGCCCGCGGAGGAGUCCUAAUGGGAAAACGUGGAGCGUAGAAGCAGGGAGCUCGGCUAGCGAUGUGGUUUGAUUAUGUGGGUGAGAAUUGGAUGGGAGGAAAAAAAUAAGUUAAAGAAAGGCUAGCAUCACUCGGAAUAAAUCUCUUUACAUCCAACUUCUGAAACAGGUAGAGAAAUGCUGUCAGGAUGUGCAAACACAUGUCUGUCCCUUUACUCGGGGGGCGAGCAGGUUUUUGCGGCAAGGAGGAACAAGUGGAACCCAAGCACUCCGUUUAAACCUAUAUACGUUUUUAGCACUGCCCUUAAAAAGGAAGUACAGCUGAUUUACCUUUAGACGGUAAGUCUUAGAUGUCUAAAUUCAUCAGAAAGCCUGCUCAGGGCUUUUUAACAUUUUUAAACGUUAGAACAAGUAUAUUGGUACAGGCAUGGCUUUGCAUAUUUGCACUAAACCUGGUAGCUUUGCUCCAGGUUGGCCAUUAGUGCCAGCUCAUAAUCCAAAUAUUAAUGAUAGGUCAAAAAUACAAGACAUUGAGGCCUUUCAGUAAAUGCAAACGGACAUUCUCACAUUUAAACUAGAGGAACAUUAAAGCAUUUUAAUAGCCUGAAAAUGUCAUGUGGUCAAAGUUUUAUGGUCAUGUUGGAUGCUGCACUCGAUUUCCAAUUUAACUGGGUGCCUUAUUUAAGUAGCUUGGUCAUUCUGGGUCUUCUAUUACCUUUAUAUUUAUCUAUAACAUUGGAUUUGUAGUAUUAUUUUGCUUUUGCUUGGGUAAACACCUUAGGAGGACUAGUUUUAUUUAAACUAUAUGAAACAAUACUCAUUUAAAGUUUUCUCAGUUUAGAUGAACCAUACAAUGAAUUCAGGGUUCAUAGAGUUUAGUAAUGAUGAAAUACAUGGUACACAAUUACAGUUCAAGACAUGAUAACCUGCACACACAUACACACACUGUAACGCUGAAAGGAUGUGAAAUGCUAGCGCUGGGGCAUGUCGUGACAUUCCUCGAGCUGCGCUUUGAUAGACAGCUUAGACAAGCCAAUUAAGCCUUUAAAAGAUGGAUGCUGUAGGAAAGAGCAUUUGACGCAGUUCUUAUGUCCUGCACUGUCAAACUUGAAUGAGCCAAAGCUGUGGUAACACAUGUUAUAUCUUAGAAUUUGCUUCUCCUAUGGAUUCUUUCUUUCAGUACCUGUUUUAGAACAGGAUUCUACUGAAAGGUUCCUCCCAUUAGUCUUUAUACCUUAAGUCGAAUAUAUUUUAUGUACUCUGUUUGCACAAGUUCCUUUCUUAUAUACCUCAUAGGUUUUAAAUUCCUAAGUGCUGUUUUUUCCGCUUUGUUCCAAUAAACACUUUGCAUUCAGGUUUAAUUCAUUAACAUUAGUAAAUGCAGUGCGUUAAUUUUAUAAAUAAACAUUAGUUUGUGUAUGAUAGUUGAGGUCAAAAGUUUACAUACGCCUUGCAGAAUCUGCAGAAUGUUAAUUAUUUGACCAAAUUAAGAGGGAGCAUUCAAAAUGCAUGUUUUAUUUAUUUAUUUUUUUUAUUUAGUACUGACCUGAAUAAGAUAUUUCACAUAAAAGGCGUUUGCAUAUAGUCCACAAGAGAAAAUAAUAGUUGAAUUUAUAAACAUGACCCAUUUCAAAAGUUUACAUGUGCUUGAUUCUUAAUACUUUGUUGUUACCUGAAUGAUCCACAGCUUUUUUUUUUCUUCUUGUUUAGUGAUAGUUGUCUUAAACAGUUUACCUGCCUGCUUUUCUUCAGAAAAAUCCUUCAGGUCCCACAAAUUCUUUGGUUUUUCUGCAUUUUUGUGUAUUUGAACCCUUUCCAACAACGACUGUUUGAUUUUGAGAUCCAUCUUUUACACUAAGGGACAACUGAGGGACUCAUGUGCAACUAUUACAAAAGGUUCAAACAAUAUUUAGGCAAAAGAAAAAUGUACACAUCUUCAUUCUGUUCAAAAGUUUUCACUCCUGGCUCUUAAUGCAUUGUGUUAUCUUCUGAAGCAUCAGUGAACUUUUGAACCUUCUGUAAUAGUUGCAUGUGAGUCCCUCAGUUGUCGUCAGUGAGAAAAGAUGGAUCUCAAAAUCAUACGGUUAUUGUUGGAAAGGGUUCAAAUACACAAAAAUGCAGAAAAACCAAGGACAGCAGGCAGUUUAACUGUUCAGGACAAAACAAGGAACUUAUGAACAACUAUCACCAAACAAACAAACAAACAAACAAAAAAACACAUUUGUGGAUAAUUCAGGUAACAACAGUAAGAAUCAAGUGCAUGUAAACUUUUGAAGAGGGUCAUUUUUAUAAAUUCAACUACUUUCUCUUGUGGAACGUCUUUUAUGUGAAAUAUUAUUCUUAUUCUUAUUCAGGUCAGUACUAAAUAUAAAAAACAUAACAUGCAUUUUGUAUGAUCCCUCUUACUUUGGUAAAAUAAUUAACAAGGUGUAUGUAAACUUUUGACCUUAACAGAAUUUACUACUAAUUAACAUUAACUUAGAUUACUAAAAAAAGGUUCAUGGUAUCUAAUGCGUUAACUAAUGUUAACAACCAAACUUUAGUGUAAAGUGUUUCUGGUAUUAUAAUGGAUGUGGGGCGGUAGUUUGAAUUAUGCAAGCUCAAAGAAGACCUUACGACAUGCCAAAGUUGUGGUCUUGCAAUGCUGAAUAGGACCUACAAGGGAAA